AUGAUCCGAGACUUUCUUAAUAGAUUCGAAGAUCCUAAAAUGCCACUUCUGGCGCCUAACUACUGGUUAUUAAGAAAAAGUGGUUUAAUUUUAUCAGAGAGACCUCUUUAUAAAUAUUUAUAUCUGGCGUCACAUUUAUUUGGUUUAUAUUUUAUUAUCAGCGAAUAUGUAGAUCUGAUCUCAAGUUUGUCAGAAAUUGAUCUUGUGAUUUCAAAUCUGAUGAUUACUAUGAUGAGUCAAAUGUGCUUCUUAAAGGCACACUCCUGCGUAUACUGGCAAAAAGAGUGGAAAGAAAUUAUUCGUUAUGUAACAGAAGCUGAUAAAUUUGAAAGAGAUAAUAGCGAUGAUACAAAAAGUAAAAUAAUUGAUAAGUAUACAACUUACAGUCGCAAAAUAACUUAUGGCUAUUGGUGUAUCGUGUUUUCUACUGUCGUUUCCGUUUGUGCUGCUCCAUUAGUACAUCUUAUACCUACUCCAUCAAAAAAACGGAUUCCUCGUAAUGAAACGGAGUUGUUUACACCUAUAUUUGGCUCGUGGAUGCCGUUUGACCAAUACCGACCCCCGGGAAGUUGGAUAACAGCAAUAUGGCACAUUUCGAUAUGUGCUUACGGAGGCACCGGUAUGGCAGCUUACGACAGCACUACCAUUGUUAUAAUGGGUUUUUUUGAAUGCAAACUGGAAUUGUUAAGACAAAGAUGUAAAGAAAUGUUAGGCAGUAACGACAAAGGAGUUUCGGAUGAAGAUGCUGACAUUGUGAUCCGUCAACUUCAUGAUAUCCACAUGAAAGUAUUAAAGUAUAUGAGAUUGUUCAACUCGGUGUUUUCACCAUUAAUGUUUUUGUACAUGUUCAAUAGUACACUGAUGAUUUGUACUUGUGCGUAUCAGCUGACAGUUAUAACAAACGCAGCACAACGGCUAUUGUUGGGGGAGUACUUAGGUUUCGGUAUAGCACAACUUUUUUUUAUCUGCUGGCACAGUAAUAAAGUACUCAUUAAAAUGGACAGUCUCUCAUACGGGACUUUUGAGAGUAGCUGGUAUACAAGCACCCCUCUACAGAGACAAUAUAUUUUGUUUCUGUGCGGGCAGCUACGAAUCAAACAUGUGUUCACAGCUGGACCAUUCACUAACCUCACAUUAUCCACUUUUAUUACGAUUUUGAAAGGAGCAUACAGUUAUUACAUGUUGCUAAGAAAAUAAUUUUCCAUCAGUUCCCUCGAGUGACACAGCACGGAACCUGUACUC